AUGAUAACGUGUGGACGUGGCACCUGUGGUCAUGGCACUCAUGGUCAUGGUGCCCAUGGACGAGGUGCCCGAGGUACUCAUCCUACUCGAGCACAUCUUGCUCCCCUUGUUGAGGAUCCGAUUCCAGAGAUCCUGAUCCAGCCUGUUCCUCCAGUUGCUCUGGUUCCCCCACCUAUUCCUCCACCUCAGCCUGCUGUUUUAGUUACAAAGGCUCCAGUUACUCUGGUUCCCCCACCUAUUCCCCCUCCUCAACCUGCUGUUCUAAUUACUGGGGCUCCUGCUCCACCGGCUGCACUCGUGCCUCCGCCCGAGGCGAGUGUCGCCCCUACCUUUCCGAUAGUACCUAUAGGAGCUGAGCAUUUCCAGUAG